AUGCGGCUCUUCGAGAGGUCUUCGCCAGUUGUGGUGGUGCCUCAGGGUAGGCGUAAGCAACUGGUUUUGGAGGCUCAUGCUGACACAAGCGUUACUGGUGGCCUGGGAUGUACCGAUAUACUGAAAUGGGUUCGUGAGUGCCAGCAGUGUGCAAUUUUAAACACCCACCCCAAGCACGUCCCGCCGUUACGGCCUAUCACAACGUCUAAACCGUAUGAGAUAGUCGGCAUCGAUCACGUCCCGCCGUUACGGCCUAUCACAACGUUUAAACCGUAUGAGAUAGUCGGCAUCGAUGUUCUUAAGUUGGGUCUGACUCGUGCUGGCAACCGAUAUCUCUUAGUAGUUAUAGACCAUUUCACAAAAUGGUGUUCUGCUUAUUCUAUCCCGGAUAAGAAAGCCGAUACUAUUGCAAAGGUGUUUGCUGAUGCGUGGUGCGCACGUGAAGGGCGUACCCCGUUAGUCUUUCUUCCUCCGCAAUUCACAGCACGGGAGGCUCGACGGCAACCACUUCUCGAGUUGGCGGUCCACAGCUGCGGCGACAAGCAGCCAACGGCUGUGACGAUCGCGGCGGUGCUUCCUGCCGGCAACACGUCCCUGAACUUACUGCCUGUGCGGACUUGAUG